AUGGCAAGCGUAAAGGGAGCAGGUGGACAAUCCAAAACUAAAUUAGUUGAACAACGAACAAGGUUACCAUUGGCUUUGAAACCAUCUAGUACUACCAAAUCAUCAAUAACAAAUUCGAACAAAACAACAUCAUCAUUAUCAUCAACCACAACCACCAUGACUUCUAAUGAAACAUCAUCAUCACCAUUAAACACCAUAAUUUCCAAUGAAACAUCAUCAUUACCAUCAACGAACACAACUUUUAAUGAAGCAUCGUCAUCAUUAACAAAGACUGGAAAUCAAAUAUCAGCAUCAAGAACAAAUGUUAACCAAGUAGGAUUAUCAACGACAGUUAAAAUGAAAAAAUCAAAAUCAAUUUCAAAAUCUCAAAUAAUUAUUGAUAAUGGUGGUGAUAGUGAUCAAGAACAAGAAUUUGAUCUAAAUAUAUCUAUUGAGGAAUCAGGUGGGCUCGAGAAGUUUGUGCUUAAACCGUGCAUUAUAUUAUACAAGAAAAAAAUGAAAAAACAAAGUGAUCUUGAACAAUACAUAAUGGAACAUAUUUCAUCGUACAAUUCAACAAGUAAUCGUGAUGAUGGUCAUCCAAAAGUUUCAGAAAUAGACUCAAUCAAUAAUAGUCGAAAUGAACAACAGGGAAGAUCAACUUGUAUGAACAAAAAAGUUGGUACGUUUGCAAAAGAUAAUAAACUCAGAUAUAACGCAUUAGAUACUGAAAAUAAAAAUACUAAUACAAUAAAUGAUUCACUUAAUGAACUUGAAAAUGAAGAUGUAUGUUUAUCAAGUAGCGAAGAUGAAAGUGAACAUCCAGAAGAAAAGAACGAAAUCAACGCUUCAAGUGGUGGUAUAAAACGUCGUUUGAUACAUAGGCGAGGAGGAGCGAAGAACUGCGGUACUUUUUUGUUACUCACGAAAGAAGAAGAAGUACAAGACUGUGUGCAAUCUGCAUUGGGUUAUGCUCGUGACCAUGGAACAUUAAUGAGUGGUGUUCAGUUAAAAACAUUAAUGGAUGUUCUAAAUACUGAAAUAACUAAAGAUAGAGCUAAUACACUUUUGGAAGUUAUAUCUAAAAAUAUCGAAAUCGUUCCGAAUCCUUAUUUCAUAUCACCAAUAUCAAAACGACCUAUUUAUCAAUAUUAUGGUGCAAGAUACGAAUUAGAAGAAGUUACUCCCAUAAGAUAUAUACCUAUUCCAACAGGAAUAACGAAACAAUAUGCAAAAAAACAAGAUGAAAAGGAAAAUACAAAUUAUGACGAAAAAAAUGAAAUUGAAGAAGUUGAAAAACAAAAUAAUAUUAGUUUAGCGAAGCAUGAUGAUCAAGGUAAAUGUGAUAUUAACAAAAAUAAUCGAAGUCUGAUUACAUCUACUUCACUUGAUAAAGAAAAUACUGUUGGUGAUAAACAAUCAUCACCAUCUAUUAAAUCAAAAUCAAUUGAUAAAAACAAUAAUGGUUCAAUUUUUAAUGAUAAUAAUAAUGCUAAUACUGUUACAACAGAAGAAAAAAUUUCCGACGCAAAUGUUAAUACAGCAAUUUCUUAUCCAGAUACCCAUACGAUUGAUUCUACUACAACACAUGAUCCAAAUAUUGAACCAUUAAAUGAUCAAAUAUCACCUAUUCAAAGUGCACCUACAAGUUCACCUUUAUCUUUAAAUUUCAGUACUAGUACUCCUAAAAAGAAACCAGCUACACAAUCAAAAAAUAAAAAUAUUGUUACUGGUGGUAAAAUAUCAAAAAGAUACAGUAAGCGAAGAUCAAUUUUUCUACGUUCAAAAACACAAAAAAAGCAAGAAGAUCUAUCUGGUAUCACAUCUAAACGUAAACAAGAUGAUCUACGUAGCUAUAAAUCAACAUCAAAUACUUCAUCUAAAAAAAAGAAAGUUGCUGAUAAAGAAAAAAAGCGGCAAAAUCAUGAAUUAUUACCUGAAAACUUAUGA